AUGUCGUCGGUAAUCUCUGGAAAAACAACUUGGAAAGAAACUAAUCGGUUAAAUAAAGAACAACGAAAAAAGUGGCGGGAAGAGAGGUUAGCGAAAAAGUUGAAGAAAGAAAACGAAGAAAAGGAAGUGUCAAAACCCGUCGAAGAAGAACAUUUUGAGGAGAAAGAUAUUUCAACCGUGAGUAUCGCGGUUCCUGGAUCGAUUUUGGAUAAUGCACAAUCCCCGGAGUUACGAACAUAUUUGGCGGGGCAGAUUGCACGUGCAGCAUGCAUUUAUAAAGUAGAUGAAAUCGUGGUCUUUGACGACAAAGGAGAAGCAACUGAGAAUGAAAAGAAGAAAAUAAAAAGAGACGAAGUGUUAGGCGAAGGAAGAAUUGGUUGUUUGCAAUUAGCUAGAAUAUUGCAAUAUCUUGAGUGUCCGCAAUAUUUACGAAAAUAUUUUUUUCCGAUUCAUAAUGAUUUACAAUAUGCUGGAUUAUUAAAUCCUUUAGAUGCCCCGCAUCAUUUACGUCAACAAGAUGUAUCCCUGUACCGCGAAGGAGUAAUUACAAAUAAGCCAGUUAAAACCGGCAAAGGUUCUUUUGUUAAUGUGGGAUUAUUGAAUGAUGUUCGCGUAGACAAAGUAUUAACUGCGGGACUGAGAGUCACUGUGAAAAUACCUCAAGAUCAAUCAAAUCUAAAAAAGUUAAAAGGUUCCAUCGUAUCACCUGACAUUCCUAAAUUAGAUGCUGGUUUAUAUUGGGGUUACACAGUGAGGUUAGCUAAUAGUCUCACAGAAGCAUUAACACAGUGUCCUUACAAGGAUGGAUACGACUUGACAAUUGGUACUUCUGAUAAAGGAACGUCUAUUGAUGAUAUAGAACCAGGAACUAUGGAAUAUCAUCAUGCUUUAAUUGUGUUUGGUGGAUUGUGUGGAUUGGAGGCUGCUGUAGAUGUUGAUCCUAAUUUGGAUGUAGAUGAUCCAUCCAUGGUGUUUCAUAAAUAUUUGAAUACCUGUCCUCAGCAAGGAUCAAGAACUAUAAGAACAGAAGAAGCUAUACUGAUUAGUUUAGCAGAAUUAAGAAUUAAAUCAGCCCCUAAAAUUCCACCAUUAUCGAAUCAUCAAUUUAACAGUUGCAUGAAUAAUUGAACUAUCAGUGAGUACAACAUUAACAAAUGUAAAUAAUGGUGCAGAAAGACUAAAGUGGGUGUUAAAAAUAUUGGUCGCUUAAAGCUAUUAAGUAGCCUUAAACUAAGGGUUUUCCAUAGUAUAUCUGAAAGUGCCUGCUUAUGUAUUUGAAUACAAUUGUGGUUUGUAGUAAUAUCAUUAAAGAGGAGGUAAUUUGUAACA